UUUUGAACCAUUCACUUGUCAAGUUUUGUUCUCUCGCGAUAAACCCUCUUCUUUCUUCUAUCCACUCCCCUUAUCUUCCUUUCACUUCUUCCUCUAAAACCCUCUCAUUUUUCCUCGAAAAUGUCUUCUGCAUUCAAGCCCUUGUCUGUGGCAGACUCAUCUUGCUUACUUCCUCUUUCCUCCAUCUUUACCCCUUCUUCCAAAGUUCACUGCUUGUCCAUCCCACCAAGACCCAUCAAGGUCAACCUCUCGUCCUCUCAAUAUUUUCUCGUUACACAGCUAUGCACCCUCAGAACUAAGCCCCAUGUCCCUUCUCUAGUCAGCUUUGUUGCCCAGACCUCGGAUUGGGCCCAACAGGAAGACGACAACAACACUAUCACCAUUGAUGAAGGGAUUGACCAAGAACAGAGACAAUUUGAAUGGGAAAACCAGGAAAGUGAGGAGACUGAAGCCAAAUUUUCGGAUUGGGAACCGGAAGGGGAGGAUUCAACGACUGAGGUAGCAGCAGAGAGUGAGGAAGAUGGGACUUUUGAGGAGAGGGGGCCAGAAGAGGAGUUCGUAGAGCCGCCUGAAGAUGCUAAAUUGUUUGUUGGGAAUCUGCCCUAUGAUGUCGACAGCCAAAGUUUAGCUAUGCUCUUUGAGAAAGCUGGAACGGUGGAGAUUGCAGAGGUUAUUUAUAAUAGGGAAACUGAUCAAAGUCGUGGGUUUGGUUUUGUGACAAUGAGUACUGUCGAAGAAGCUGAAGGAGCAGUAGAAAUGUUUCAUCGCUAUGAUCUGAAUGGAAGACUCUUGACUGUUAAUAAGGCUGCUCCUAGAGGAUCACGGCCUGACCGAGCCCCUCGUACAUUUGAGUCUGCUUUUCGAGUAUAUGUAGGAAACCUUCCUUGGGGUGUGGAUAAUGCCCGACUGGAGCAGGUCUUUAGUGAACAUGGGAAAGUUGUGGAGGCCCGUGUUGUCUAUGACCGAGAAACAGGCCGUUCACGAGGUUUUGGUUUUGUGACUAUGUCGACAGAAACUGAAUUGAAUGAUGCCAUUGCAGCUCUUGAUGGACAGAAUCUGGAUGGGAGGGCAAUUAAAGUAAAUGUUGCAGCGGAAAGACCAAGGCGAAGCUCCUUUUAACCUAAAUGAUUUAGAUACAUGAGGAGAUGCUGCUUCCUUUCCUUUUUAUUUUUUAUUUCUUUAUUUUGCUACUCCUUCACUUUUAGGGUUUCCUUUGAUUUCUUUCUUUUUAUUUUUAUAUUUAAAGAUUAUUUGCAGUUGAGGUUUCCCCCUAUUUGAAUGGAUCUUUAUGUGAAGUUUGAAGGCAUUAAAAGUAAUUCAUAUGAAUUAAUCCUUCAAGUUGGU